AUGAACCUUACUCUCGGUCAUCAGGGCCGCGCAAAGACCCCGAGGAACCUCUUUGCUACUGAAUUCGACGCUAAUGUAGAUUUCUACUGAUCUCCUUUGUGGUUUUAUUUUUAGCAACCAAUAUGCAAGGUUGGACCCGUGCAAUUGAAAGAAUUCCCGAAAUGUGAGGCGCCUUUCAACGGAGAAUCGAACUAUCGGAGUGACUUCAGGCCAUGGAAUGUGAAGCCUUGCAUAGUGAAGCCCAUUAACAAGUUUAUGCCGCCCGAUGUCCCCAUGGACGGCCUCACAACCAAUCGGGUAGGGAUGUCCUUGAAACAAUGGAAGGGCAUACAUUGGCCUAAACAAGCUUAAGUCCAGAAUUGUAGGGCUUGAUUGGCUCGUUAAAUAUUAUACUUCCAUCUUUAAGAUCACAUUUGCCCUUACUGAACUGCAGUAAGACCGGAAGCCUCUGAAAUUACCACUUAACUGACUGAAACGAAAUCUAUUUUGGCAAACAAGUUCGCUGAAUGCAAUUAUCUGACCAAAAAGGUUUUGACCUGUAUAAAAUCCUUUCGUGGUUUGUCUAAUCCAAGCUCUAUCUCUAAAGUCUGAACGACUCAGAUCGAAAUGUAAAAUUUACGAAGACAGAUACGCACCUAUUGCUGACAUAAUGGCAAUUCUCAAACACAAAUUUGUAGUAAAAAGGAAAUCAUCUGUAACGCUGUAUUCACUGCGUAUCGGAUCUCAUCGGAACGCUUAUAGAUAAAACACAGGUUAAUUUCAGACUUAUUUAGAUUUUCGCAGUUUUAGGUUUUAGUUGGUUAAGACUGAGUCCAUUAAUUUAAACAUUUUUGUACAAUUUAAAAAAAAGGCAUCCUUAGGAUCCUACGCUUUUUUGGCCCAAACAUAUGCACGCCUCAGUUGCAGUUUCUGGGCCAGUUGCUCUUGCAGGCCGUUUUGCAUCGCCGGUUCAGUUGAUGUGGCUCAUUUGAAGCAAAGGAAAUCAGUAAUGGAUUUCCCAUACUCACAAAACUGGCACUGGCAAAAAAUCCGAACACGAGCUUCGUCUCUUUUAUGCUGCCGCACCACGUAGCUGCAGACUUUUUGAUGCAUAAAUACUCCAGAUGCUAAAUGUUUAGUCUUUUAAUAUCCGCUGAAAUUAGUGUGCAGACUUGGAGUGAAGUCUUCGAGGAAGGCCUUUUGGGAUUCGGUUCGAAAACUGAUGUGAAUAUUUGGGUUGGGGUGGGAGGAGGGGAUCGACCAUAGCGAGCUGUCAUAACCAGGGUUUUUGUGAUGAUUCCACGGUACAGUUUGGAGUCCUAGCCACUAGCUACAUGCGAGAGUGUUCUUACAUGAAUCACUGUGGUUAGCUUGACGCUCUGUUGUUUCCGCAUGUCUCUGCCAGUGCAUAUAGGAACCCACUUUGACGACUUGUAAUGCCGUCUACCUCCUUCCAGUAUGCGAAGGCCCUUUCUCAUAUGCACCAAAAGGCGUUCCUCGAAGUAUAUUUCCCCAUCGGUCAGCCUAUACGGCCUUGUCUCUUGCCCUGGGGAUUAACACCUACUGGUUGUCUAUUCUAGCGAUAUGGAAUCAAAAUAUGUUGGAUCAUUGCCGGAUUUUGGUCCGACAGUGAAUUCUAUUUUCCCUGAGAAUAAUGUUUUAAAUAGGAUAUGAAAUUGUCUCAGUUAUUCUCGGAUAAAGCCACCUAGAAAGGGGGUAAGGUUCGUGCCGUCGCCUGCAAUACUUAGAGGCUCAAGGCCACUUAAGAUUCGCAGGUCGAUUAAAUUUUAGAACUAUUCAGAGACGCUUUUUCGAGCACGAAGACGCUUGAUGGAUUCUGUGGUGCACAUGUUUUACGGAUGAAACAAAUAGACAAUGAAUUAUUGCGCUUUGAGUUCUGCUAUUUACCCGCAUCUGAACGGCAAAGCGCAUUCUAGAUCCAUUCCGGAGACAUCAGGUAAUAGGCUAUUAAUUCAUUCAAAAUUCGUAUACUAGUGGCAGCCUGUUGACAGCUUCCACCUAUUACGCGCUUAUUCCGCUAGAUAUGAUGAAACCCAGCCCGAACGUUCAUAUUGACCUUUGUACCUACCCUGAAUAGUUUGAUCCUGAAAAAAACUCAAAUUUAUUACGCUACUUUAUGAGCUUCGCGCAAACUAUCCUUUACCCAGUGUUCAAUUUUCCUCCUCAUGUUCUCUAGCAGACUUUCCUAUGAUAUGCGACUGCGUGGAUUCGUGAGUACUUACAUCGAUCUGGGCCUUCAAAGUCAUAUGGUUGGGCAUCGUCGGCAACGUUGUUGGAUUAGUAACAGGUUAACGGCCUUUGCAAUGUUACUGCUCGUCAACGACGCCCCUACCUGGUUGCGGACGGGGUCACCACACUUAGAAGUGAGAGGACAACGGCCAAAUAGGCGAUAGGUUCAUAUGCCGACUGUGGAGUUGUAUUUACAGAUGCAGGCUUCAAGCAGCUCCCAACCUGUCGUGUUGUCCGCCCGCAUCAUUUUUUGCGCGCACCGUGUUGAACUCGUGAAGCCCGCCUCCAAUGCCUGGGCGGCGACUUGUGAGAGCUAGUCAUCCCUCUCACCAGCACCAUAACUUUUGACUUCCUGUCAUCUAAUCUGCAUACUCGUAGGCGUAAUUGCGCUAUGGAAUUUGGCAAAAGAAAGCCGAUUGCUCACUUGCACGCCACUGGUUGUCAACUUGCGUGAAUCCACUAGCCAACUAAGGCUUGUUUUUUUAAGCAGUUACAAACCCAGCUCAGAAGCAAUAUACUAUUCACGAUGAACAAACGCUUAGUUCCUCAGCGGCGUAGGUAACUAGCACUAUGGGAGCCACAACGCCCGAAUGCUGGUCGGAAAAUCGCCUAGCUACCUGCAGUUCAAAAUAUCAUUACCUAAGGGGUGUUUAGAUGAUCGGGGCUCUCCCGUUAAUUUUAUGCUGUUUACUGUUGGAUCUAAGCGAAACAAACAGGCUACUGCUUGCUGGCUGGAGUACAGUCUUGUUCCGUAAGCAAAAGAACCGAAAUCUAUCGCGAACGAAUUUUUAUCCGAACGAUUCUGCGGGUUUUCUUCUUUUUGACAAACUUCACUCCUUUUCACUCUUUUGUCCUUUCCACAAAAGAUCGAGUCGCCACUUUCUCCUGCAGUUAGCCUUGCUUGUCCUAAAUGACCGCCAAUUUUGAUCCGGGUCAGGCAGUUAGCUUUGUCUCUUGUUUACUAGUCCAAUUCUUUUACAGGCAGAAUAUGUUCCUCGUGCCCUCUGUAAAGUUCCGUCCUUCAAGCCGCCGCCCAUGAUCAUGGACAACGGACCAUUUGAUGGCAUAACCAACUAUCGCGUUGAUUACACUGACAAGGGACGUCGAUGUCACUGCCCAGCUGCCUUUCUACAGAAGGACAAGAUCAGUCCGGACGGAUACAUCUUCAAGGUACAGACUUGGACUGAAUUAUCCCAUUAUGCUAUUACCCCUGGCAGGUCAGUAGCAUUUACUGAAAAUGUCAAACGGUGGCGGAGGAUAGUUCGAAGGGUUCGGUCAACUUUGCUCACGCCGGACAUGGACAUUUCCUGCGUUGAAAAGCAUAUGGCGGUCGGAAUGCAAUCAACACUGCAGAGAAACAGAGGCCCAUUUGGCUAUCCAGUAGGUAGGAUGAGGAGAGUUCGUUUAGAUGAUUACUGGUUGGGCACGGGGCUCAUUUCUGGACAAAGAAUAUGAACAGGGCCGUGUUUAUAAAGUCAUGGAAAGGAGCAGCGGGAUUCAACUUCAGGAAUCAGAAAGCACGUUUAUUGCCUGAUAAAGGGAUGAACAGACUAGUUAGCCUACCUUAAAGUGGCCGAAUUAUUGAUCGGUCAAAUUUCUUUGUACGAGAAGUCCAAGCGACCAAGGCAAAGACACUAAAAUGGCCGCUUCUGACUCAUUAUCCGCUAUCGGCCAAUGAUACCUCGGGUGCAGGUGCUGCCCAAACCGAGAUUGCAUCCGCAGUUAGUUGACAGUAGGACAUGGGAAUAGUAACCCCCCUCGUAAUACAGGUGGCCUUGCGUUAAGUUUCAAAAAAAUUCAAAAUUAGGGCAAUGGGUUAGGGUUGAGUUGGGGUUUCGUUUACGACAUAAAAAUAGGCGUCCUUUCCGGAAUUAAGCGCAGGGCCACCUGUAUUACGCGGGGUUCCUACUAGCGUGUCUUGUCUAGUUGAUACUCAAGCAAGGUUUUCAUCACUGCCUCACGGCUGCAUGUCAUGUCGGUGGAGAUCUGGAUUAUUCAGUCAUAUGGGAAUGGUCUGCACCAAAUUAUUCUGAUCGCAGAAGGGUAUCCCUAUGAUACUGGUUUAACCGGAGCUUGGGUUCUACAGCCCACACCAGCGGUCGCAUGACAAGAUGGGAUCGCGCUCAUUUCGUCCUGCGCUGAGAACAGAUCGAUGUACACCACUGCCACCUAAUAAAUCCAGACUUUCAUUGGCGACGGUAUAGAGAAGGGCCCUACUUAACAGUCAAUAGACUGUGGAUCGUGUCAUGUGGGGUUUUAUCUUGGCAUACAUUUGCAGGCUGUUGCAGAACAUAGAUUGCCAACAACAAGUACUUCCCACGAUCUCACACCCUAACUCAAAAUCCGUUAUUUUGCGAAAUUUAAUUUUGUCUAUUGUUUAAUUACUACUCUGACUUCCAUUGUCGUACAAUAGCGUAGGAUAAGACUUUUGGCAUAAAUUCAAGCAAUUUUUGUGUUUUCUUUCAUUUUGUCUAGCGUACUGUCCCACCCAUAAAACUCCCUUUACCUUAAAUCACGUAUGGCACUAUCCACAGUCUACUGACAGUUAUGUGGGCUCCUCCUCUAUACCGUUACCCUUUCAUUCACUUUCAACGUGGCAGAUUUGCGCUUCUGAGAUUAAGAAGAUAAAUAGGAAACACUGAAGGAGUUGUUGAGUUUUUUGUACUGUUUUGUUUUCGGUGGUCUCAAAUUUGUUUGAUUCUGUUUUAUUUAAAACUGUGUACCUAAAAGGGCUUUGUUAUUGGUAGUAGAUUGCCCUCCGAAGGCUCGGGUUGGACCGUACUGGUGGAUUUCAAACGACAUUGACUGUUAUAUGACCUUAGUAGCUGAUUGGUUGGCCGUCUGAGCUGGUCAGUCAGCUGUUGUGGGGAAUGGGUUCAAGUGGCUGACGGAGUCAAACAGCCCGCCACACACAGCCUAACCCACCAACACGACGUGCCAGAUUGCCACACAAAGGGGCUGGGCUACUCGGAUCUCAAAUGCCCUAGAGUGCCAUAGAGGCUACAUGAAGGGAGGAUCAUUGAGCCUGUCUCAUAGUCCGCUAGUCGGCCACUCCACACAAAAACACACACACACACAGGGGCCGACUGCGAAGUCUGAUUUGUACCGGCCGUUGGCAGCCUUCCAAGUCACGACGUUCAACGUGUCACUAUAGAUUCAGGCGUGUUGGACUUAUAACGGGGAGGAGUGCGUUGAGGAGUGCCGUGGUGAUGGAGUCCAAAGAGUCGACCUCACUCUCCCGUCUCUCGUACAUCAGCCGAUUGUCCGAGCCGGUUAGCCAACUGACGCCGACAUUGGGCAGUUCAAAACAUGCCCGGUAAGACGCAGGAAUAAGCACCCCGAUAUGACAGGUGAUUUUGCGCUAUCUUCCUGAGGGUUUACCUAUUUUUAUGUCCUAAUUUUAGCCCUUACUCCAACCCUACCCCUAAAACUAACAUCCCUGACCCGAAAGCGACCCUCUAAAACCUAACCCUAACCCCACUGGAAUCUAGCGCAAAUUAUCACCUGUAAUACAGAGGCACCUAUUCUCUCGUCGUACCAUGUACCCUUCCUUAUGCGAUAUGUCAACAAGGACCAUCAGAGGGUGUACGCGGAUCAGGAAAUCAUGGUGUAACAUUGUAAAGGAUGCCAGUAUGACUCCCAGUAUUUCUGCCAGAAAUUUGCAGAGUCUAACUCUUCGAGGAUAGCCACCGGAAUCUAAUCAAACCAAACCAUGCGGGUAAGGAUCGAUUAGAUGUCUUGACAAUUUCCUCGCCCAUUUACCUGCUUGCAUUUAUCUUCCGCCAUAUCAAGGUCGAACGGCGUGGGUAGUCGACCGACACGUUUACUAGUGAUCAACGUUAAAAUACGGACACAAUAAAGUUGUUAUAAGGGGAAUGGCUACUAGAAGUGUCUCACGAAUCUGAGCACUAGAACUGGUCUGGACACAAUUAAACUUAGCGUAAGUUAUUUUACGAAUUGAAAGUAGCUGCUCUUCAGCAUUCCAGAGUUUGUUGCUAAAAAUGAACUUCCUGAGGGCGUUCCAAUUUUUGAUAGUUUCUUCUAAAUAAAAGGAAGAAACCGAAGCUAUUCAAAAAAUUGCACAGGCAAUCAACCGCGCAACUUAACCAGGAUGUUUCGUGCGAUUCGUUGCCCAGCCAAAGGAAAAAAGGAUCGGGCUCUCUGACGCACGCAAACUCGACGCCUGAAAUCCGCAUAUUGCGGUUUUCUCAAUUGCUCGAUUCUAUCCAUAUUCGGAAUGAUGAAAUUAGGCAUACUUUAACUGGCAAAGCUUCGGUUAUUGAAGCCGGACAGUUUAAGGGUGACAGUAAAUUGGAGUGCGUUAGCAUUCCCAUCGCCAGUUUCAAAGUUGAUAAAGCGUAUAAAAGGAGCAACAUAGUGAAAAGGGUGGAAACAGCAUCUGCCAUUUAAAUUUUGUGUGGGAAAGGACGAAUCCUACUUAACCUUCAUAACAGAAGAGAGACUCUAAAGUCCUGUACGUGUGAAAACGCUUUCAGUGUCUUCUUUAUUGAUUAACUACUGGUUUAACCCUUCGUUCGGCGCGAGUUAAGACGAGGAGUCCUCAAGCAAAGCAUUUUUCGAACCUAACAGUACAUACCCGCCAAACCAUAUUCUCAGUGCCCAUUGAGACAGUGAGGUAUUCCGUAUUUCCUAUGCGAUGGAUUUCAUAUAACCAUCAGAUUGCGUUCAUUAUCACAAUGGUCCCACUACUGCGGGCUCGAAUUAAGUAAACCACCCUUGGUGAUACAUAACGCAGUGAUCAUGUUUUCUACUGACUGUUUGAUAAGUAGGUAUGCAAGUGGGAGUGCCAAGAUCUACCUAAGAGUUAGACCUAGUACAGCCUACUGCACCAACACCCUGAAAGUUAACGCUUACUAGUAUGUACAAUUACGUCACAAGCGCAUUUUGUCCAUUAUUUUGUUCUGUGUUUGUUUCUGUAAUUACCCGUGUUUAGGCGACCUCGUGGCCCUAAAAUGGCCCAACGCGCGUGGAGCAUUAAAGCAUCCUAAUAACCAUUUUUAAUUUUGCCAUUUGGGGAAUUGUGCAGGAACCAGGUCGCGUAUGUCCAGCGUAAACGAGCUGCGGCGCCCAAUUCCAGCACCGGAUAACUGACUGACACUCGCACAGUGAACCGGUGUCUGGGGGAGGAAAGAGAGCGUGAGGUCGACUCUGGGGACUCCAUUCCCACAGCGCCUCAGUCCACUCCUCACCAAUAAUGUGCCGCGCCCUAAAGCUGCCACGAUGGCUGCGAAGGCUGCCAAGUGAGGGAUAAACCGAUCCGCAUGUUCAGUACUGUGUGUGCGUGUGUCUAUAUGCGUGACUGGCUCGAAGGCAGAGAGUCGAGCGCAGUGACUUUGUCUUAAUCUAGCCUCCAUGGCAAUCUCAUGCGCAUUAGAUUCGAGGCGCUCUCUUGUUUUCUGUGAAGACCUGGUUCAUUGUGCGCGGACCAGGGGCACUAGUAGAGGGGCUGUUUAGCUCUGUCAUCCACUGCCUCCAGUCGUUCUGACUCUGUCUUGCCACCGGGCCCAGGUAGGUGAGGGGUGAAGAGAGCGUGGCGGACGCUGUGCAAGUCUCCCAGCACUAACUCGCGCGCAGGUCCCUGGCCCUCGCCCGCCCUGCCGCGGGGCACACGGUGGACAUUGUCGAAAUCGACGCUCGAAUUGACAUUUGUACUGCAACGGUUGCAAACUGAUAGACCGUAUGAAAAUGAGGGAAUUGCUUAUAAUUAUAUCGACAGUUCAAUACAAAUUAGUUACCAUGCGUAGGUCUUCGAGAAUCCUUCUUUAUCGCCGAUUCAGAUCUCGCCUCACUGUAUAACUGAAUUCACCAGAGGAGAAAUUGUCGAAGAGUAUGAAUGAUUAUGUAUGAUUGUAUGAUUACUACUUUGUCUAUUUGGGAAAGUGAGUAUAAAAUAAGGAUUAUUGAUUGGGUUAAUCAAGCAGAUAUAGAGGGAAAUACGUAUAUACCACUUAGAUGGUUACCACUGCUGUGGUUUAGGCAGAUGACUGAGCAUUCGGCCACAUACGGAUUAACUAUUUACCGUACCUGACAACUCCCUCAGCUAAGUUUUUCGAGGUGAGCUCGCCUGAUCGAGAAUGUUUAGUCAACGCACUGUUUGAAAGUAACCAAGAAUGCUAAACCGAAGAAGUACUCCUGUUGGGAUAGGACAACAUUUAUGCACGAUAAUCAGGCUACGGGAGUCAAACAUCAACCAAAUUGCUUGUGAGGUUUCCCACAGACUUCUUGAAUGGUGUCAUUGGUAAAAAUGUUUACAAAGAAUCUUUUUCAAUCCUUAUUUACGUAUAGAGUAAACAACUUUUAGACACAUUGAUAAACUGGCGCAACUAAUCUUUUGCCAAUUAGGUUAAAGAAUAGAAAAUUUCUGGUCGGGUGUGGUUAUGUAGCUCCACCUGAAGUAAACAAACCCCAGCCACCUCUAAUACAGGACCAGUGGUAAUAGGCAUUUUUACAGGCGGGGCCGAGGAACGCACAGGCGACAAGGUCAAGUAGUUGUAUGCGGAAGAAAAGCUAUUGGGAAUGCGCGGUGGUACUUUGAAUGGUUGGGAAAUAGCUGCGCCAACCCCUAACCCCUAGUCAUAACCCCUUAAUCCUACAGCCUAACCCUAACACUUAACCCCAACCCCAACAGUAUUGUGUCCAUCAGGUGGGGCUAAGAAACCAUAGCUUACCAAAUUUUUUUAUGUCUGUACAUGCUGUGUGAUUGGGAAGUGUGUCCCACCUCGUGUAUAGAAUCUGUAGCUUGGAAGGUCAAACAUGCUAGUCAUUAUUUUGUUAUUUUUGCCGUUUUUCCCUAGAUGGAAGAUGAUCUCGGCCACCAACAUUAUAAACAGGAGGUGAACAAGGCCCUGGCGUAG